ACAACACCACAUGUUGCCAGAUUAGCUAGCUAUAGCAUAAGCACCGUCGGUAUUAGCGCCCAAACUUUAAGUGAAUGAACUUUACCCUGUGUGUGUAAUUUUGUUGAGUUAAUUCGGGAAGCGUGAGUUACACUUAUAAAGCAACUAAUUUUAGCUGGUCGCGAAAAGCAGAAGAUAAAACGCUUUGCGAAAUUAGCGGAAACGUUAAUAACGGCAUGAAACGUUUAUGGCAACGGCAAGCUAGCCGAUUAGCAUUGCGCUCAGUCGAGGUCACCUGAGACUGCGGUGGAGAACAGGUGUGUCUCCGCCUUGUAGCAAAAGGUGAAAGCAGGAUGAGUCAGGGGGACUGGAUGCCGAUGGAUGCAUCCAAACCACCGUCGUUUUUCCUGAGAAGCACCUCAGCAGUUUCCCUCAAUGAGCGCUUCUCUCAGGUGCUGGAGAACCAGCUGUGCCAUUCCAGGAUGAGGACCUUUGACCCCGUCCUGCUGGAGCAGAGGCAGGUGUUUGAUGCCCCACAGGUGGUCCUGCUGGUGAGCAGAGAGAGUUUGUCAUCACUGCAGACCUGUGACAUGUCUGUGAGGGUGAAGCAGCAUCUGAGGAGGAGGAGGAGCGUCUGGACUCGACUUGGCUGGCAGCAAGUGACUCGACGUCUCUCGACUACCAGGCCAAGAGGCUUCUGGAGCUUUAGGAAGAAAUACAGGUGGAGAACCAGAUUCAGAUCCAUCUACAGGGGACGACGUAACCUCCACAGUCGACUCGGGCAGCGUCGCCUCCUGAGGAUGAGAAACAUUCAGAAAUUAACUGCAGGACGAACACACCUGCAGAAGGGCGGGGCCAACACCUGCAGGUGGUGGGGCCGGAGCAAAGCCAAGAUACCAACCAAGAAGCAGCUGGACGCACAGCUGGACAAGUACAUGUCCAUGUCCAAGAGCCGAUUGGACAAGCAGCUGGAUGACUACAUGUCCAUGUCCAAGAGCCGCCUGGACGCAGACCUGGACGAGUACAUGUCAAUGGCGGGACAGACGGAGACAAUCUGGGACUGAGUCUGAGGGCGGGGACUGAAACAAGUUUGAUUUGUCGUGAUCAGGGGUUCAGUUCAGGUUUUUUUUUUUUUUUUUUUUUUUAACUCAUUUUCUACCGACAGUUUGAUUAAAUGACUGACGCUUCAUUAUUUCAUUUAAACAGACAGAUGAUUGUUAAUGAUGCUCAUCUUUAAUUUGACAGGAGGAUUAUUGAUUGAUGUGAUUGAUCAGUAGAGGGGAGGAGCUCAGACUUUAGUUUGGUCUCUCAGGUGAGUUCCAGGUGUAGAAGCAGGAAGUGGCUGUGUUGCCUUAAGUGAAUGCGUUAGUUUUACAUGUUUGUUCACCUCUUUGUUUUUUGUUGUUGUCACGUGAACGGGGCAUGUGCACUUCACUGACCCCUCUGUGUGUGGGAACUUCUUGUUCUGAUUGUGUUACUGAGGCUCCACUUUUGUUCCCAGAGUUUAAAAUAUAUAUAUUUUAAUAAAAGACGUUAC